AUGUCACAUUCUUUCAAUGUGAUGUUUUUUCAACUUUCAAUUUACAUGAUCAUCAUGGUGAACAUUCUCGCCAUCCCUUCUAAAGAAGCGGAACUUGAAAGACGUAUGAUGGGAGGAAUGGGUAGCAUGAUGGGAGGAAUGGGAGGCGGUGGCAGUGGUGGCAGUGGUGGUAUGGGAGGAUUAGGCGGAAUGAUGGGAGGUGGUGGUAGCGGUGGUGUUGGUGGUAUGGGAGGUUUAGGCGCAAUGAUGGGCGGUGGGGGUGGAGGUGCAGUCGAUAACAGUGGAGGCGGGGGUUGCAAAAAGUAUAAGAUCAUCAGCGCAAGAGGUACAGGUGAACCCCAAGCGACGCCAAUAGGAUACCGUAAAUACAUCUCCAGUGUCUUGGCCGCUGUUCCUGAUGGAGGAAACUACGAAGUGAAAUAUCCCGCAUCAGUUGAUUACAUGAGUGGACCAGGUCAAGGUGCCGCCGAUGCAUUGAAAUAUAUUACCUCUCAACAAUCAAGUUGUCCAAAACAAUUAUAUGUAUUCAUUGGUUAUUCUGAAGGUGCUAUGGUCGUCACCCAGUUGGCUGCCAAACCGAGCAUCCCGACCUCUUCUGUCGCAGCAAUCGUCAUGUACGGAAACCCUUACUUCAAAGGUGGAGCUCCUCAAAACGCUUGUUCAGCUAAAAGUGGAGCGGGUAUCGCUGCAAUGACCGGAAUCACCUUACCCGCCAAGUUUGCCCCAGUCACUUUCGAUUGUUGUGUAACAGGUGACAUGAUUUGUCAAACUUCUGGUUCCAUGAUGCCGCAUCUUGGUUAUGGUGGGUCUGCAAGCGAGAAAGCUGCAAUCGACUUUACGGUCGGAAAACUUAAAGGUGCCAAGCCUGGUAGUGCAGAUAGCUCCGCAUCUACACCCGCAGCAGGUGCUGACUCGGGUGCUGCUUCCGGAUCUGGGGGUGGACUUGGGGGUAUGUUAGGUGGUCUCGGUGGUGGUGGUAGCAGUGGUGGUGGUGGUAUGAGCAGUCUCAUGGGAGGACUCGGAGGAGGAGGUUCAGGUGGUGGCAUGUCAGGUCUCAUGGGAGGAUUGGGAGGUGGAGGCGCUGGUGGUUCUAGUGGAAUGGGAAGUAUGAUGGGAGGACUAGGGGGUGGUGGUAUGGGCGGUGGUAGUGGUGGUGGUUUAUCAGCCCUCAUGGGCGGCGCCGGUGGGAGUGGAGGUGGAGGUGGUCUGUCAGCUUUGAUGGGAGGAGCUGGUAAGAAGAGUUGA